AUGGAUUCCUCGUCCAUGCCUCCGGACCAGUUCCGGAGGGUGCAGGAUCAGCAGCGGCGCCUGUGGCUGGUGCACGAAGUGCGCCAGCAAGAGCGGCAGCGCCAGCAGCUCAGGGCACCGUCCGGUGCCCUCCCUGCCUCCGCCUCUCCCGCGUCCCCCUCCUCCGCCUCUUCUGAACCCCGUCCUGCGCCUCGCCUCCCUCUGCAGCCCUCGUCUUCGUCGUCGCCACCUCGGUAUGUGAACCCGCUCCGCGAGCGCGGCCGCCGGCCUCCGCGCACCUCCUCUUCGUCGUCCGCCUCCUCAUCUUCCUCGUCUUCGUCGUAUCCUCCAUUCUCCUUUGUCCCUGCGUCUUCUUUCGCGUCUGCGACGGAGGCGGAGCUUCAGCGCGCGGCCGUGAUGACAAUGGUGUCUCUUCCCGACGGCCGUCGCCUGCGCCGACAGGUGCAGCCUGGCGACGCGGUCGCGGCCGUGGAGGCGCGCUGGCGGGGCGACGCGGGGGGAAGGUCACUGUCCCAGCGGUCCUCCUCCUCGACGCCGCGACGCUGGCUGCAUGACAUCGUGGGCGCCGCGCCCGUGGCAAGGGCCUCAGAGGCGCCCGCGGGUGCGCGGCGCGCGAGAAGCCUGCAUCCUGUUGGAGAGCCUGAAGACGGGAUCUUCGCCUCGCCAGUCCGCGACGCCUCUCCGCCGCUCGUGUUCCCCUUCGCCUCCGCCUCGGCAGCCUCGCGGUCUGCAGCCGCCGCUGCGUUGGCCUCUCGCCGCUACCUUCGCCAACCGCACCAGAGGCAGCGGCUGCAGCGUCAGCUGGCCGCACUGGGAACUUCGAUGUCGGCGGCCUCGACGUCUGCGGUGGACGCGCUGCAGCGGGGUCUCUCUCCGCUGCUGCUGUCGUCGGAUGGAGCGAUCUCGGGGCUCGCGUGGCUCCUGCAGAGUGCGGGGGGCGUCCUCGGCGUGGUCGCGGAGGAGAACGACCCGGGGGACAUUCGCCCGCAGCUGCAGGAGCACGCGCUGCGUCUUCUGAGAAACCGGAAGGUGAAGCGCAUCCAGCUCGUCUCAGACGCUUCGGCCGCUUCCGCCUCCUCGAGCUUCUUCCGAAGGGACGCGGGCGCGCUGAAAGCCAUCACCACGUACUACACGGAAGAGGACUUCAAGUGUCCCAUCUGCUUCGAGAUUUUCCUCCGCCCCGUGGUGACCCCCUGCCUCCACAUUUUCUGCAGAGACUGCAUGCUCGCCGUCCUCCUGCGCACGUCCAUGUGCCCCCUGUGCAGGGGACCCGUCUACGCCGAGCAACUCGAGCCCAUCGAGGCCUGCUCCAGCGAGAAAGUCGUCGACUUCGCACUCAACUAUCUCCUCCUCCCCGUGGGCUGCACGCAGUGCUACUGGCAGGGACCGGUUUCGUCUUGGGCGAGCAACCACAAUGCGCGGCGGUGCCGGCGCAUCGCCCGCCACCUGCGCCGCACGGACCCGGCACCGAAACCCGCGUCCGACGCCUCCACGGCUUCCUCCACGACCGCCUCGAGCGCUUCCGCCCCGCGACCCCGUCCGCCCUCCGAGGCGGAGCGAAGGCGACAGGAGGAGGCGCAGGUGCGCGACGCGUUCUUCCUCCCUCACGGGCAGGCUGAAGGCUCCACGGGCCCGUGCGGCGCCUCGCGGCCCCUUCCGGCGCUCCCCGCGGCCCCCGUGGCGCCGGCCGCCGUGGAGGCUCGCUGCCCGGCGGAGGAGGCGAGACCCGACGGCGGUCGGAGUGGCUCGGGGACCGCUGAGGCUCCAGCGGGCGCGGCGGUCAGCGCCACCGCGGAAGGGGGCAGCGGAGGCAGCGAAGAGGAGGAGUUCGCUGGCGAAGUCGAGCGUGAGCCCUCGGCUCUGGAGUUGCCGGGCGGCCGCGAGCGCACAGACGAAGGCGAGGCGCGUCUCCUCCGCAGCCAACGCGCGCAGGAGAGAGGUCUCCGAGGCCGGCAGGACUCUCUGUUGCGGAAGUUGGAGACAGCGGGGGAAGAGGACGCUGCAGCAGCGGGGGGGCAGGCCGCCAGCCAGGUUGAAGGCAUGGGGGAGUUGAUUGCGUUCCUGCAGGCGCAUCUGCCGGAGUUCGGCAAGGCGUCUCCCGAGGCGUCCGUCGAGGAGUCUCCGCGCCGCGGCCUGAGCGAGGCGCCGAAGUCCGCUGUGGCGCCAUUCCCGGCCUCCUUCGGCGUCUGCACGCGCGUCUGCAUGGUCACGCACCGCAUGGAGAACGUCGCGGGUGCGGUUGGCGGCUUCUUCUUCGGCAGCGGCACCUUCGCCCACAUGCAAGCGGUCCUAGAAUUCCGCCCCGCGCCGGAGGAAGAGGAGGAGGCGGAGGGUCGCAGGCAGCGGAGGCGCGCGGAGCGCCGCGCGCUGCAGCUCGUCAAGCAGAAGGGGUCUCUGGACGUUCAGCGAAGGUCCUCCAGCGGCCUCGGAGGCGGCAUCGUCAGCUGGUUCACGGGGCCGAGCCCAGCGGCCUCGGGGAUUCAGACUCCGGAGGGCGCAGCAGAGGACGCGCCGCGCAGGCAGGCGAAGAAGGGCGGCGACGCAUGCAGCCCCGCGUCCGCCUCCGACGAGGAGGAGGACAGAAGCUCGCGGAUCACCUAUCUCUCGCUCGAGUGGCUCGGAGAGGGCCCCUGCGGCCGCAUGGAUUGGCAGGUCUCGCCCGCCUUCCCAGCCUUCCGCCCCUCCGCAAUCAAGAUGUUCGUCUACCGCACUGAGGAGGCCGGCGACGCCCCCCCAGUGCCCUCGCUCGACUCCGAGGAACUCUUCUCUUCGCUCUCCUUCGCGUCUCCUUCUGCGUCGCCGUCGCCGGCGCACACGUCCAGCGCCAGCAGCUCCGACGCCGACGGGUUUUCGCCUUUCUCGUUCUUCCUCGGGAGGAGCAGCGAGGCCCUCGGCGCAGACAGCCCCGCGGCCGGCGGGCGCAGAGCCCGAGCGGCUGGCAGGCCCCCCCGCAGCGCCGCGUCGGAAGCCAGACGGCGGCGCGCCUGCGAAGAAGCGAGCGGCGGCCUCUGCCGGUCGCGGCAGGGUCGUGAAGCCGGCGAAGUGGUGCGGAGGCCCGAGGAUCGCCAAGUCGUUUACCUACCCGGCGCGGUCCUGCUGCAGCUGCUUCUCCAGGUUCAGACGCGCCCCUACAGAGUCCUCGGAUGGAACUGUAGGGACUUCUGCAACCUCCUCCUCAACUGCGCCUGCACCCAUCCCUCGCGUCCGCAGCAGGUGAUUCGCGUGCCUCGUCCGACCGGCCACUGCCCGUCUCUGCGUCGCUUCCUCGCCUCCCUCGAGCAAGAGGGGAUGCCGCCAAUGCCUCUGCCGGCGUCGCCCUCAGCCCCAGUCUCGGCGGAGGCGAGCUGCGAGCCUCGGGAGGAAUCGCCGCCCCCUUCGGCUUCUCCGGAGUCUCUUGCCUCGUCUGCCGCGGCAUCGGUAUCCGAGGUUCCCACGCGCAGCGAGGCGGCGGACGACGCGGCCUCGCCGGCGCGAACCGCGAGCGUCGUGUCUCUCGCCUCUUCGCAGAACGAAGUCGCUCGGAAAGCCUCUCGCGGGUCGCUCGUCCGACACGUCACGGGCAGACUCUUGCGGCGGAGGUCCUCCGCUGCGAGGGACGGGUCGCCCUCUGCGGCCGGCGCGGCCCCCGCUGUCUCCUCGCCGACCGCGACCGGGCUGCGGCUCGGGCUCGGGCUCGGGCUCGGUCGGCGUCGGAGCAGCGCGAAGGCAGAGGAGCCCAGGGGUGAGCUGCAGCAGAGCGCCCGCGAGGCGGAGGCGAAGCCAGAGGAGGGAAGAGAGGGAGGAGAGGCUGCAGAGGCCCCAGGGGACGGCGAGAGGCAGGAGGAGUCGCAAGUCGGGAUGCACACGAAGGGAGAGAGAGACGCAGCGGCCGCCGCUGCGUGGUGGGUCGCGAGGCGCUGCGGAGGCUUUGGCUCGAGUGAGCGGUAUCCGCGCUACGAGCUCGGAGUCAAAACGAUAUUUCUCUGUCUCUUCGGCGCGGAGGACAGAAAUCGGGCGGCGUUGCGGCCUGCGGCCCAGAUGCUGCUUUCGACUGCCAAGUGGUGGCGUUCGAUCUUCGGCUCGCGGGAGAGCCUGCAGACGGGCGCGUCCUCCGCGGCGACUUGUGCCUCCUCUUCACCAAGCGGCGCCUUCGCGGGCGCGGCCUCGGGCUCAGGCUCCGGCUCGGGCUCGGCGGCGAGCGGCGAGCACGCGGCGCCGUACCUGCCGACUCUGGCGACUCCGCUGCCCUCCUCGAAGCAGCUGCGCCUGCGCUACGAGACGCUGCCUGUUUUGUUGCUGGAGCUGCAAGUGCGCGACCGCGAGCGAGCGGCGGAGCGGGGCGAGGGCGUCGGAUCUCUCCCGCCAGAGAAAAUUGGAUUCCUCUCCCUCGAGUUCCGCAGCGAUGUCGGCGUCCAGUGGCAUUUCUACAGGCAGAGACCUCCAGGGUUGGAGGCGGCGGAGAGCGAAGGCGGAACGAGCGUCGUGGUGUCUGCGAGCCUCACCUCGGCGGAGGACAGCGUAUACUGCUUCGCGGAGCUUCAGAGAUUCCUCGAUGAAAUUCGAGACAGGGAAUACCAUCCAACCAAGUGGAGCAGCUGGGACUUUGUUGACAGCAUGCUGAUGCGGUGCGCGCCCCAAGAAGCGACCGAUCUUUUGCUUCUCCCCAUUGCCGAGCUCCAGUAA